CUGGAGGUUGUGUUUGAAACAUAACAGAAGACAGGCUUGAGCUACUCAUUUACAAAGGGGAAGUGACAGAGCAGCCGUUGCACUCUGUACAGAGGGGGAAAAGUCACUUUAUCUCAGAAUAUUCUGUUGAAUUAAAACCAGCAGCUCCUGCUCUAAGCAACUAGACUUCACCCCUCCCAGGGCUGGAAACAACCCAGGAAUCCUGGCUCCUAGGCAUCCCAGAGUCACUUUUAGGCCGCCUACUCCUCUCGCAGAGCUGGGGAUAGAAGCCAGGCACCCAGAUGCACUGGACCCUGUCCUACCCCUCCCUCGUCUCAUUUGAGCUCCUCCAUGCUAUUUAUCAGCCUCAGCCACGGCAGCAGAUCGGCUUUCUGGCAAGGCUCCAGGAGGCAGUCCCUGAGAGCGGAAAACAGCACAUUGGUUUCACUUUUGUUUCGCUUCGGCCGCCAUGGCAGCCCCCAACCCCUUCCGAGCCCUGGAGGAUGAGCUGAGCUGCCCCAUCUGCUUGGAUUACUUCAAGGACCCUGUGCUCCUGUGCUGUGGCCACAACUUCUGCCAGGCUUGCAUCACUAUGGUGUGGGAGGGCCUGGAGGGACACGUCUCCUGCCCGCAGUGCCGAAAGCGGUUCCAGGGCAAGAGUUUCCAGCCCAACACUCUGCUGGGGGCGGUGGUAGAGAAGGCCCAGCUGGUGGUGUCCCAGGCUGGCAAUGAGAGGCCGGCAGCAGGUACGUGCCAGAAACAUGGGGAAGCCCUCCAUCUGUACUGCCAGGAGGAUCAGGCGCUGAUCUGUGUGGUGUGCGACCGGUCCCAGGAGCACCGAGCUCACGCUGUGGUUCCCAGAGAGGAGGCUACCCAGGAAUACAAGGAGAAACUCCAUAAGCACCUGGAGAGUCUGAAGGGUGAGAAGCAGAGCAGGGAGGCUCUCACCAUCAGCGAAGGGAGGAGAAUAGAUGGCGUGCAGGCACGCGUGAAGGCUGAGAGGCAGCGGGUCACCUCCACUUUCCAGCAGCUGCACCAGCUGCUGCAGGAGAAGGAGCAGCCCCUCCUGGAGGGGCUGGACAGCAUGGCGCAGAGCCUAAGGCAGCUGCACCAGGAGAACAUGGCCUCGCUCCAGCAGGAGGUGCUGGUUCUCCACGGGCUGAUUACUGAGCUGGAGCGAAGGUGCCAGCUUCCUGACUUGGAGCUCCUCAAGGAUGCCAGAAGCACCUUGAGCAGGUACAAGAUGCCGACAUUUCGCAGGUGGGACCCUGUGCCCACUGACAGCCUGGAAGAGACCGUCAGGCACAUCUCCUGCAAGAGGUGUGCCCUGUGGGCCGAGAUGACACAGAGCAAGGAGAUCCUAACCCUGGAUGCUUCCUCGGCUCACCCUGGCCUAGUGGUGGCACCAGACCGACGGAGCGUGAGGCACGGGAAGAAGGUCCUGUGUUCCCAGCCCCGGGACCCCCAGCGGUUCUUCCCUGCCUUCUGCAUCCUGGGCUCUGAGGGUUUCUCUUCGGGCCAGCACAUCUGGGAAGUGCGGGUGGAGGGUAAGGACGGCUGGGCCGUGGGUGUAGCGAAGGAAUCGGUGAGGAGGCAAGGGCCCAUGGGCCUCCUGCCCCAGAAUGGCGUGUGGGCUGUAGAGCUGGGACGGUACAAGUUGCUUCCCUUUGGGCCUGCACGGCCUCAGGAGGGCCCAGAGUGCAGGCUAAGCAGGAUCCAGGUCUGUCUGGACUAUGAAGAAGGACGGGUGACCUUUGCUAAUUCUGAGGACCAGGCCCUGCUCUUCACAUUCAGGGCCUCCUUCACAGAGAGGAUCUUCCCGUUCUUCUGGCUCUGGUCCCACCAUGCCCAGAUCACCCUGUGCCCCUGAGGUCAGAGCAGCAUCUCGCAGAUGCACAACCAGCAUCCCAUUCCUUGGGGUGGCAUAGUCCAUACCCCAUAAUCCCAGUAAAGGGUAAUGGGGAUACACCCAACAAACACAGACCAGGACAGUCUGGUUUCUGGGCAGCCAGAACACAUUCAGGAUCACUAUGGUCUUGUUCCUAGGUAAUGGGCAAAACCCCAUAAAGCUCAGACAGAGCUCCCAUGGCUCGGGAUCUGCAAAUGCCAGUGGCUCUGGCCCCAUUCCCCUCCUGGAGCUGUAGAUAGAGCCCAGGAAUCCUGGCUUCCCAUCAUCUUUACUAUAAGCUGUGUGAGCUGGAAGAGUUCAUGGCUCUCUUUCAGCAUUAUGGACUAUGACAUGCCCCUUAUUUUGUGCAGUAUGGGGUCAUUCACUACCAUAUGGGUAGAUUUGUUCUGCUUCUCUUUUUCACUCUGUUGCCAGCUGGGGCAAGCCCUGCCCAUCUUGCAUGGUGUGACAGGGAAGCUACAUCUGGCACGGACUGACCCAGGGGAGACCUGUGUUUUUGCUAAGUGUAUUAGAGCCCUGGGGAAAGCCAGGUCUUUAGGUUCUAUGGGGUUUUCCCCACCCCCCCCCCUUCUUGCACGGCAUCACAGACUGCAAUUAAUAAAGACCGUUUUAAAAGGA